AACAUCACAAUCACACUACAAACGACAGUGCAUAAUUCUACUAGUCGACAAUCUUAUCUAUACUUAGACUAGUUUUACCACAACCAUGACGGAGAAAGGGGACUUGGAAAGCGGUGACCCGGAUUCAGAAUGUACGAAGCAACCAAUGGACCUUCCUGUGCUACCAAAAUCACUUACAUUCGAAGAGAAGAAAUAUCUCUUAGCGGUUCAACGUGGAGAUAUGGCUAAUGUUAGAAGGAUACUACAAAAAGCACAUCGUAGUAACAACGUAGAUAUAAACUGCGUGGACGCAUUAGGUCGUGGAGCACUUACUCUGGCUAUAGAUGGUGAAAAUCUGGAGAUGGUGGAACUCUUGAUAGUGAUGGGAGUAGAUACCAAGGAUGCACUGCUUCAAGCUAUCAAUGGGGAAUUCGUUGAAGCUGUUGAAUUGCUCUUGGAACAUGAGGAGCUGAUACAUAAAGUUGGAGAGCCUUAUAGUUGGCAGAAAGUAGAUCCUAAUACGGCGGUGUUCACACGCGACAUAACCCCAUUAGUACUGGCCGCUCACAAAAACAACUACGAGAUCAUCAAACUGCUGCUCGAUCGUGGCGCCACGUUGCCUGACCCUCAUGACAUCAGGUGCGGUUGUGAUGACUGCAUUCGUGAUUCAACUGAGGACUCCCUACGACACUCGUUGGCACGACUUAACGAGUACCGAGCACUUGCAUCGCCCUCUCUAAUCGCGCUGUCUUCAACUGAUCCAAUUCUCACCGCUUUUGAGCUGUCCUGGGAACUGAGGAAUUUGGCUUUUGCUGAACAGGAAAGUAAAGCGGAGUACCUAGAGCUGCGUCGUCAGGUACAGAAGUUCGCAGUGGACCUGCUGGACCAGUCGCGCAGCUCUCAGGAGCUGGCCAUCAUCCUCAACCACGAUUCGGACGAAACGCCCUUCAAUGAAGGAGAGCAUAUGAAGCUAGCUAGACUGGAACUGGCGAUUGUUUUCAAGCAAAAAAAGUUCGUAGCACAUCCAAAUAUCCAACAAUUGCUGGCUUCCAUCUGGUACGACGGUGUACCAGGUUUCCGUCGUAAGUCGGCGCUGGAAAAAAUCAUGAUAAUAUUCCGCGUCGCUUUACUCUUCCCCUUCUACUGCUGUCUCUACAUGAUAGCUCCCAACUGCGAGACUGGCAAGCUCAUGAGGAAACCUUUUAUGAAGUUCUUGAUACACGCUUCUAGUUAUUUAUUCUUUCUCUUGAUCUUAAUACUGGUGUCGCAACGAGCAGAAGUGCAGUUGGUACAAGUCUUUGGAUCAGAAGAGAUGGUAAAGGAUCUAGAGAAAGAAAUGUUAAAGCAAAGAGGAAAUGCGCCAUCAUUUCUAGAGAUCUUUGUGUUUAUAUACGUAUUAGGUUUCAUCUGGGAAGAAACACAGGAGAUCUAUGUGGAAGGUAUCCGCUCAUAUCUUAGAAAUAUGUGGAAUUUCAUUGAUUUCACUAGAAACUCACUCUACGUCGCUGUAGCGCUGCUCCGAAUAGUUGCUUAUUUCCAGCAGACCGCAGAAAUAGAAAGAGAUCCACAGACUAAGUUUAUACCAAGAGAGCAUUGGGAUGCGUAUGAUCCACAACUAAUAGCUGAAGGAUUGUUUGCUGCAGCGAAUAUCUUUAGUGCGUUAAAACUGAUCCACCUGUUCUCCAUCAACCCGCACUUGGGCCCGCUGCAGAUCUCGCUCGGGCGCAUGGUCAUCGAUAUUGUUAAGUUCUUCUUCAUCUACACUCUUGUACUCUUUGCCUUUGCUUGCGGUCUGAAUCAAUUGCUAUGGUACUUCGCUGAGCUGGAAAAACAGAAAUGUUACGUACUGCCCGGGGGUCUCCCGGACUGGGACAACGCGGGGGACUCCUGCAUGAAAUGGAGGAGUUUCGGGAAUGUAUUCGAAGCAUCUCAGUCCCUUUUCUGGGCGUCUUUCGGUAUGGUUGGUUUAGAGAACUUUGAGCUGGCGGGCAUCAAGAGUUACACCAGAUUCUGGGGCCUGCUGAUGUUUGGAUCAUACUCUGUCAUAAAUGUCAUCGUACUGUUGAACCUCCUCAUUGCUAUGAUGUCCAACUCUUAUGCUAUGAUUGACGAACAUUCUGACGUUGAAUGGAAGUUUGCACGAACUCGUUUGUGGAUGAGUUACUUCGAUGAAGGAGCAACUCUGCCUCCCCCAUUCAACAUAUUCCCCACCCCAAAGCUCAUCUGUAAGUUGUUAGGACUCAGGAAGAAGGAUAAGAUGAGAAGCAUGAAGAUGAAGGAACAGAAAGAGAAAGAACUAGAUGUCAGAUACGCAGCAGUAAUGCGAGCUCUGGUCUGGCGUUACGUAUCCGCAAUGCAUCGUAAAAUGGACGAUGAUCCAGUUACAGAAGAUGAUAUUAAUGAACUGAAAGGAGACGUCUCGUCAUUGAGAUAUGAACUGCUAGAAGUUUUCGAGAAAAAUGGAAUGGAUGUCUCAUUUACUGAUAGGAAAGAGAAGACGGUCCUUGCAAAACGUAUGAAGAUCUGGGAACGCCGGUUAAUGAAGGACUUCAAAGUGGCACCAGUGCCUCCUGUUGAUGAUGAAGAGAAGCCGGAGCAUGAGACAGCGCUGUCCAGAUUCAGAAGAAUUGCCAAGAUGGCGGUAGCAUCGACUAGUACCGCCAUGUGGGAUAGAACAUUAGCUGGGGCUGGGAUUUCGACACAAAUCGGUCGCUGUCGAACUAGACAGUCGUUCAAGAAUCAACAGAACCUUCAGAAAGCCAUGGACGAAGCAAGAAAGCUUGUUAUGAGAUCACCUUUACCAGAAGGUUCCCGUGUACCAUCUCCUAUAGAGAUGCCUUUACCACCAGGGCAUACAUUAUUAGAGCUGAUUAAAGAUAUAUCAACAGAAAUAGGACAACCAGAUAGUACUAAAUCACCCUGGAAAAGCAAUGGUGAUGGUACAGCUGCAGAAUUUUUGAGCCCAAGCAUUGCACCGAGUCGAGCUGUAUCCCCUACUAUGCGAAAUUUAAGCCCUAACAUUAGGGUAUCCAGAGCCACAUCACCUAAUCCUCUAACUUUAAACAAGUUGCCGCAACCUGCAUCUCUUCAGUGCGAUCCAGAAUUCAUAAAACCUACACAGGAAUUGAGUUCAAUAACCGCGACGUCUCAAACUACAGAAGAUAUUCUGAAGGCUGCUAAGAAAAAAGCUGCAGACGCACCUAAAUCACCUUAUCACCAGGCUGAUUUGGAAGUCAUGUCUACCUUGGCGAUUGCAAGACCAGUAGCACCUGAGAUUAAACCGGCAGAAGGUGCUUUGCCACCGCCACCGGCAAAACCUAAAGCACCAAUACCACCAUCUUUGGAAAUAAUACCAAGUUCACCAUCAUUGAGAUCAGUGGCGCUUCCAACGCCCAAGAAGAAACCGUGUACGGAAAAAACUGCACCACCUCGUCCGAUAUCUCCAAGAACUUCGUCACCUACACCUGAUUGUAAUAAAACUUGCCCUGCUUCACCACCAUCACCAAAGCGUCACUCCUCAACAUCGAGCACGGAGCAACUGAUACCGUCACCGGGAUACAAGACUCUGCGACCCAUUAACAAAAUUGACGAAGUCAAGACAAUCAAGCGUCAAACAAAAACUGGAUGGCUAUAAAUAUAAUAAUUAAUCAGUAGACGAUGUUUAACGUGAGUUUUAACUACUGAAAGACGUGUAAAAAAUUGCUAUCUCUGUUUUUAUCUAAGCUUAACUUACAGCAGUAGAAUCCGACGGUAAAAGUUCAUAUAAAAUUGUAUUAAAGAUUGACGAAGUUUAGACGUUCUUGUUUGGUACAGUAUUGGGGUCUAGCACGAAUAUUAUAAG